AUGGUGUUUCUCUCUGGGAAUGCCUCCGACAGCUCCAACGGCACCCACCCGCCGCCGGCGGCCCAGGUGAACGUUUCCAAGGCCAUUCUGCUCGGGGUGAUCCUCGGGAGCCUCAUCCUCUUCGGGGUGCUGGGGAACAUCCUGGUGAUCCUCUCCGUGGCCUGCCACCGGCACCUGCACUCCGUCACGCACUACUACAUCGUCAACCUGGCCGUGGCCGACCUCCUGCUCACGUCCACCGUGCUGCCCUUCUCGGCCAUCUUCGAGGUGCUGGGCUACUGGGCCUUCGGCAGGGUCUUCUGCAGCAUCUGGGCGGCGGUGGACGUGCUGUGCUGCACGGCGUCCAUCCUGGGGCUCUGCAUCAUCUCCAUCGACCGCUACAUCGGCGUGAGCUACCCGCUGCGCUACCCGACCAUCGUCACCCAGAAGAGGGGGCUCCUGGCGCUGCUGUGCGUCUGGGCGCUCUCCCUAGUCAUCUCCGUGGGGCCCCUGUUCGGCUGGCGGCAGCCGGCCCCGGAGGACGAGACCAUCUGCCAGAUCACGGAGGAGCCGGGCUACGUGCUCUUCUCGGCGCUGGGCUCCUUCUACGUGCCGCUCGCCAUCAUCCUGGUCAUGUAUUGCCGCGUCUACGUGGUGGCCCGCAGGGAGAGCCGCGGCCUCAAGGCCGGCCUCAAGACCGACAAGUCGGACUCGGAGCAGGUGACGCUCCGCAUCCACCGGAAAAAUGCCCCCGUGGGAGGAGGCAGGGGCAUGCCCAGCGCCAGGAAUAAAGCGCACUUCUCCGUGAGGCUCCUCAAGUUUUCCCGGGAGAAGAAAGCCGCCAAGACGUUGGGCAUCGUGGUGGGCUGCUUCGUCCUCUGCUGGCUGCCCUUUUUCUUGGUGAUGCCCAUAGGGUCUUUCUUCCCUGACUUCAAGCCCUCUGAAACAGUUUUUAAAAUAGCAUUUUGGCUCGGAUACCUAAACAGCUGCAUCAACCCUAUUAUAUACCCAUGCUCCAGUCAAGAGUUUAAAAAGGCCUUUCAGAAUGUCUUGAAAAUCCAGUGUCUCCGCAAAAGGCAGUCUUCCAAACGGGCCCUGGGAUACACCCUGCACCCCCCCAGCCACGCCUCCGAGGGGCAGCACAAAGACCUGGUGCGCAUCCCUGUGAGCUCAGGAGAGACCUUCUAUAAGAUCUCCAAGACAGAUGGGGUCUGUGAAUGGAAGUAUUUCUCUUCCCUGCCUCGUGGAUCUGCCAAGAUUACAGUGUCCAAAGACCAGUCAGCCUGCACCACAGCCCGGCGCUGGAAGAAGGGAGACGGCAUCAUCGCCUAG